UUACCAAAGGAUGGAAAUUGAUUCACUUGCUAUCUAUUACUGUUGUGCUGGCCAGUCAACCUCUGAGGUCCCCGAUCCAUCAGAUACUACAAUCUGGACAGACAGCUCACAACGGUUGCGACCCCGCUUAUUACUGGGCAAAGUGACGGCAUCUUCGCCGACUCACCCUCCGUCGAUAGCGGCACGAUAAGUCCUCCAACCGACUCUCCGUUGCAAAACAAUCUACAAUAACCACUUGCUUCUCUCCAUCCAACCCCAAGUUUACAACCAGACCAAAAACACACUCUAUCCACCCCGCAACCAUGUCCUCCAGCCCCAACCACUCACCCCCGGGCAUCCUCCACGAAUACGCCCCCCAUCUCGUCGCCUUCGAAUUCACCACCCCAACCAACGACCCCAAACCCAACACCCUUCUCUUCGUUGGAGGUCUCACCGACGGCCUCCACACGGUCCCCUACGUACGCACCCUCGCCCAGAGCCUAACCCAGUCGCCCGAAACCACCUGGAGCGUCUUCAACCUCCUUCUCAGCAGCUCGUACAACGGCUUCGGCACGCAGACUCUCGACACCGACGUCACCGAAAUCGCCCAAUGCAUCCGCUUCAUCCGCACGCAGCUCCCGCACAAAGCCACGGGCAAGAUCGUCCUCAUGGGCCACUCAACGGGCAGCCAGGACGUCCUGCACUACCUGUACACAGCCCCGAGUGACCGGCCUCAACUCGAUGGGGCGAUCAUGCAGGCACCCGUUUCUGACCGCGAAGCCUUGCUGGUCAAGGUUCAGGAGCAGGACGGGACCGCUGCCCAAAAUGAGGUGCGAGGGGCCUACGAGCAACUCGUGCAGAUGGCGCGCAAUGGGCCCGCGGACUUCCUGCUGCCGAUGGAUCUGCUCGCCCGCGUGGGUCUCCCAGAGAAGACGCCCGUCACCGCGGAGCGGUUCUGGAGUCUGGCCAGUCCGGAGAGUCCGCAGCGGCCGAGCGCGGAUGAUCUGUUCAGUUCGGAUCUGACUGACGAACGUCUUCGAGAGACGUUCGGGAAGGUGGCAGAGCAGAAUCUGUUGAAGGGAAAGUUGAUGGUUCUGUUCUCGGGGGCCGAUGAGUAUCUUCCUCCCUGGGUGGAUGUGCCUGGGUUGAUGGGAAGGUGGAAGACAGCUGCCAAUGCGGGAGCACGCGAGAUCUGGGAUGACGAGGAGAGUGCUGCAAUUGAGGGCGCAAGCCAUAAUGUGAGUGAUGUUGGGCAGAAGGAGCUGGUGAGCAGAGUCAGUCGGUUCUUGGCGAGGACGGAGAAGCAGACCUAAGCGCUUUGGAAAGAGUGGGGGAGUGGGUUAUCUGCACCGAUACCAUCCAUUUUCAAAGGGUAGAGAUACUAAAAUAUACAUACUAGAAGGAGUAGGAAGAAAAAGGAAAAAGGGACAAUCCACAACAAGACAACGGAGGGUAUAUUUAGAUGAGAGAUGGUAGGAGUCAAAUGGACUGGGAAAGGCAAGAACAAAAGAAGAGGUAAGAAACGAUGCCCCCAAUCCCCAGACAUAAACCGCCGAAGAAUUUUCGUGUCUAGACCUUCAACCACAAAGUCAUCACCCCCUUCAGAUACUCCACGAUCUCAUGGCCCCCCAACUUACUCUCGCCGAACAACCGAUCCACAAACGUGAUUGGACACUCAGCCACCUUGAAGCCCAUCGCCUUGGCGCGCACCAUCAUCUCC